AUGCGACGCAACGGGUGCAACGGCCGCCAAACCAAUUGCUACCUGGAGCAAUAUGAAAAGUAUGCCACACACUGCGAAACGGCGGACAGCGGCAACGGCAGCGACUUGGAAAGCAACAGCGACUCGCUGCUCAACUGCAGCAGCACCGAGUAUGUGCGUCAAGCAGCAGCCAAGCCCAGUGGACAGCUCAGGCAGCGACACAAGUCCAUGCGCAUGCUGGGCGCCAUAUUGCCCGACUCCUUGCUGCGUGAUAUACGCGACAGACGCAGCGCCGAGUAUGUGGUGCAAUUCAAUGGCAACGACAGCAGCAGCAGCAGCGACAGCAACACAGCGGUCAAGGACAAGCCAAACCUGACUGAGUUGCCAUCCCCAGUGGGCAGCUUGCGGCAUUCGCGUGAGUCGUUGACUGAGGAAAAGAUUGAGGAGCUGCGCGCAGCAGUGCAACGCGCCAACUUUGUGCAAAGCGCUGACGACAACGACAACGAGCAGGCAGCAGCAGCAGCUGAGGCCACAUCGCUGCCUGUGCAAACUUGCAACAGCAGCAGCAACAACAACUAUAAAUAUGCGGACGAUCAGUUUUACAGCUUUCACAUUAACGAACAUGAGAACUUCAAUAGCUUGAGACGCGCCAGCGCCGCGCUGGAGCGUCAAGCGGAGCGGGAUGUGUUCGCCGGCUACAGAGAUGUGCGCAGCAGCGUUAGCUCCACUCAGUCCACCAUACGCUCCGCCAAGGGCACUGUGCGUGGCGUUAAGAAUCGUGUGCGCAAUGGAAUAGCCACGUUCUUGCAGCUGCAUCAGCAGCCCAAUGUUAAGUGCUACAAGGAGAAAGAUGUAGGCAAGGUGGUGCUGUAUACAACCAGCAUGGGCGUCAUACGCGACACUUACACCAAAUGUGCCACUGUCAAGCAGAUUCUACGCACACUGCUGGUCAAGUUCGAGGAACGCGACGUAUUCAUGAGCAUCGAGUACCAGGCGGAGAUGCGCCAACGCAUGCAGAGCACACAGAUACGUGUGCCCCAGCUCUUUGUGGAGGGUCAGCAUAUUGGCGAUGCCGAGACUGUGGAACGCCUGAACGAGUCCGGUGAGCUGCGACAGCUGUUGACGCCCUACAAAUCGAUCGCCAGCACCUACACCUGCCAGACCUGUGGCGGCUAUCGCCUGCUGCCCUGCCCCUCGUGCAACGGCUCCAAGAAGUCGGUGCAUCGCAAUCACUUCACGGCCGAAUUUGUCGCACUCAAGUGCAUGAACUGUGACGAGGUCGGUCUGGUCAAGUGCCACAAUUGCUGAAGCCUCAGAUACAGAUACAGACACACAAUACAAAUUGAAAACUAUACUAAACGCGUUGCAUUUAAGUGCAUGAUUUGCAUUUCUUUAUAUGCUUCGUCCCCCUAACCCUAAGCCGUAUAUGUUAGCCCUAAGCCGUAAGCCGUAAGUUUAUACUUAGUCAGCAGUUUUAAUGAAAAACACUAACUAACCAUACAAAUGUAACUUAGACUUAAGUAGUAAA